CCCUCGCGACGCUCAGUUUCGUUUUCUUGGUGGCUUCGGGGAGAGAGUGCUGCAGUCGCGGCCGUGGUUCCAGCUCGUCCCGUCGGUCUCCCCAGCAGCGCCAUGACGGAGCUGUUCAGUCUGGCCGAGGAGCUGUCGUGCUCCAUCUGCCUGGAGCCCUUCAAGGUGCCGGUCACCACCCCGUGCGGCCACAACUUCUGCGGGGAGUGCCUGGACGAGACGUGGGCCUCCCAGGGCGCGCCGUACCGGUGUCCGCAGUGCCGCGCGGUCUACCAGGCGCGGCCGCAGCUGCAGAAGAACACGGUGCUGUGCGCGGUAGUGGAGCAGUUCCUGCAGGUCGAGCUGGCCCGGGAGGUGCUCCCCGACGGCUGGACGCCGCCCGCCCGCGCCGAGUCCCCCGCCCGCGCCGCGGCCCCCGCCCCGGCCGCCCGGGUGGCCUGCGACCACUGUCUGAAGGCGGCCGCCGUCAAGACGUGCCUCGUGUGCAUGGCCUCCUUCUGCCAGGAGCACCUGCAGCCCCACUUCGACAGCCCCGCCUUUCAGGACCACCCGCUGCAGCCGCCCGUCUCCGACUUGAUGCGCCGCAAGUGCGCCCAGCACAACCGGCUGCGGGACUUCUUCUGCCCCGAGCACGGCGAGUGCAUCUGCCACAUCUGCCUGGUGGAGCACAAGACCUGCUCGCCUGCGCCCCUGAGCCAGGCCAGCGCCGACCUGGAGACCAAGCUGAAGCAUAAACUGACUAUCAUGUACAGUCAGAUCAACGGUGCAUCAAGAGCACUGGAGGAUGUGAGAGCCAGGCAGCAGGAUGUGCGGGAGGCUGCACAAAGGAAGAUGGAGCAGCUUGGGCAGGAAUACAUGGAAAUGAAAGCUCUCAUUGAUGCCUCGGCGGCCAACUCGACACGAAAGAUAAAGGAAGAGGAGAAGAGGGUCAGCAGCAAGUUCGACCACAUUUACCAGGUCCUCCUCAAGAAGAAGAGUGAGAUCCAGACCCUGAAGGAGGAGACUGAACUUACCCUGAAUAAGGGGGACGAGUUUGAGUUUCUGGAGAAAGCAGCAAAACUGCAAGGAAUCGCAACGAAGCCAGUCUACGUCCCCAAGGUGGAGCUGAAUCACGAGCUGAUCAAGGGCAUCUGCCAGAGCACCUCAGACCUCAAAAACGAGCUGAAGCGGUGUAUCAGGCAGUCCGAGGAUAAGAAGCCUGAUGAGCCCACUGCCUCAUCCAGCAAGUCUACUCCCACCUUUGGAGCCCCAGAGCAGACAGUGGAUUCAAAACUACUUGGCCUGGAGGCUGAAGCCAAACACACCACCCCGCCGGGGAACCCGGUGUCUCUCAAGGCCAAGGUCCUGGAGGCCUUUUUAACCAAGUCCAGACCUGAGCUCCUGGAGUAUGCUGUUCAAGUCAUCCUGGACUACAACACCGCCCAUAACAAGGUGGCUCUGUCAGAGAACUACACCGUAGCUUCUGUGGCUGACAUACCCCAGAGCUACCGGACCCAUCCCCAGAGGUUCACAUACUGCUCUCAGGUGCUGGGCCUGCACUGCUACAAGAAAGGGAUCCAUUACUGGGAGGUUGAGCUGCAGAAGAACAACUUCUGUGGGGUGGGCAUCUGCUAUGGCAGCAUGAAACGGCAGGGCCCCGAGAGCCGACUCGGCCGCAAUAGCGCCUCCUGGUGCGUGGAGUGGUUCAACACCAAGAUCUCUGCCUGGCACAACAAUGUGGAGAAAACCCUGCCCUCCACCAAGGCCACACGGGUUGGUGUGCUUCUCAACUGCGACCAUGGCUUCGUCAUUUUCUUCGCUGUCGCCGACAAGGUCCACCUGAUGUAUAAGUACAAGGUGGACUUUACUGAAGCUCUGUACCCAGCUUUCUGGGUGUUCUCUGCAGGUGCUACACUCUCCAUCUGCUCCUCCAAGUAGGCAGGCCGUGGACACUCCCUCUGGCUGACUACCUGUGGAGUGCCCAAGACUCUAGUGAAAAUGCUGCAGGUGGAACUCCUGGAGGACUUCCCUGAGAGUCCCCUAGGAUGGACUAGGACA